CAUCUGGGUUUUUCCAGCUUUUACUCUGUCCUUCUUAUCUUUUUUCCUCAGUUUCUCAAGAGAAAUCAAAACAAUUCAUAAACAUCUCUCUGAUUCUGAUAUGAGUACUCGUUAUUCCUCUCAGUUACAAUCAUCAGCCAUUAACUCCAUCACUGUCUUCUCAUCUUCUUCCCUCGAUCCCACGCCACAUGAUGAUGAUGAUAACACUCGUAUGGCUCCCGAGAGCUCUCCAUCUUCUUCCUUCUUGAUGAGACUGGCCAUGAGGGUAUCUAGAGCAAGGUGGUUCUUUUUCUUGAGAAGGGUGUUUCAUUACCAGAACGCUUCAAGAUCUGAUCUUGGCACCAAUCCUUUCAAUUCUGUCACUUGGAUGAUAUCAGAGCUCAUCGCUUUACUUGUACAGAUCACUGUGAUAACAAUCACACUAGCUUUGUCCAAGAAAGAGAGACCUGUUUGGCCGAUGAGGCUAUUGAUCACCGGUUACAACGUCGGAUGUCUUCUCAAUCUUAUGCUCUUAUACGGUCGGUAUCGUCAACAUGACACUAGCCAAGGAAACGCAUUUGGCUUCGGCGAUAUUGAGCAGCAACAGAGGAGCAGAGAAGAGACCAGGUGCUCGCAUUUGAUGAACAGAUGCAGGACAUCGCUGGAGCUUUUCUUUGCGAUAUGGUUUGUGAUAGGUAAUGUAUGGGUGUUUGAUUCACGGUUCGGUUCAUUCCACUAUGCUCCAAUCCUUCAUGUCCUCUGCAUCUCCUUGCUCGCUUGGAACGCUCUCUGCUACUCUUUCCCGUUUCUUCUCUUCCUCCUGCUCUGUUGUGUUGUGCCUCUCAUUAGUAGCUUCCUCGGCUACAACAUGAACAUUGCAUCUUCUGACAAAGGAGCGUCAGAUGACCAAAUAUCUAGUCUCCCCAGUUGGAAAUACAAACUCAUUGAUGAAACUUCUGAUUCUACUCAAGCAAACAACGAUCCGGAAUGCUGCAUAUGUUUGGCAAAGUACAAAGAUAGAGAAGAAGUGAGAAAGCUUCCAUGUUCGCAUAGGUUUCACCUCAAAUGUGUAGAUCAAUGGCUUCGUAUCAUAUCGUGUUGUCCUCUAUGCAAACAAGAUCUCCCUAACUAAACUAAAAAAAAAAAAAAAAAUCAAAACGAGACACAAGUCACAAACAAGAUUGCAUCUCUCUGACCAGUUCCAUACCCUUUGGUUGUUUUCUUACUUUUGCUUUUGUUUUGUUUUGUUGUCGCCUACACACGGUUACUUGUGUGAGUGUCAUUUUCUUUCCUUUUCUUGUGUACAAAAGAGCUCACCAGUAACCGUAACAAGAAAAUCAUAUAAAAAUGAUCAAUGUGUUGUUUUGUUUACCAGUAAUCAGAGUUUUAUUGCAUUUACUUUU